UUUGCAGCAAGUUAGGUUACUUGACUGAAAAGUCUGCACUGUCUUUUCAGUAAACUUCAAACUAAUUUGCUUAAGAAGUUAAGUAACAUGCAAGUGUGAAAUCAAUGCUGGUAAGGCUAAUAACAGGGAUUUCAAGCUGUGCUGUAACACACCAGUCACCGAGUAUUCACGUGUUAAUUCACUGGCAUGUUCUCUGGCAUAAGCACCCCCAUCCUUCCUUCCCCCAUUCCAAAUGUUGUGGUGCAGCAGAAUUUGGUCUGAGUCUGGGCAGAGUCCCUCUUGAAAAGCAGUCCUCCAGCUUCUUUACAGCAAGAGUCUGGUGAAAGUGAUUCUUGCCUUCCCCUCGCACACAAAGGCAAGGAGAUCUUUAAAGGGACCUUCCUGCCCCUCCUUGCAGCCGCAGACGGCGUGGGUACGGAUUCAAAGACCCAGGUUUCUGCCUGAAAAUGAGUGGGGAGGGGUCUUGAGGAGCUCCUAGGACCUCCCGGAGUGGGCCAGGGAGGGAGCGGACAGCCUGAGUGGAUGGGGAGCUCCGGCCCCCGGGGAGCGGCUCGCCAUUAGCUGCUUCUCGGGAUGCUCCACGCGCCAAUAGAGCAUCCUGCCUGUGGUCCAGAGGGUGCUGGCGGCGCAUCUUGCGGUGUGCCUGCGUGGAUGUGAGCCAUCGCCCAGAGGCGAGCCCGCAUUCAGGCACGGCGGACGGGCUUCUGGCGGGGCUGCGUGCAGUCGGCACGAAUGCUUAGCUCCAGGCGUCUGCCCAAGCCUCCCGACUACACGGAUUCGGCUGUUCAAUCAAGCGAGAUUACUGCCUGGGAAGAUUUGCGAGCCUGAUCCGCGCUCCAGCUGCCGUGACAACUUAAGGGCUGGCUGUUUACUUCUGUUGGCGUCUGGGACCCUGUCCUGCGCCGCGGCCGCUCCUGCCACUUUCCCGGACUCGGAAGCCAGCCGCGAGGACUCCUCUGCCGGCUUUCCGAGGAAGAGGGAGCAAGGAGGGGUUAAAAGGCGAGCAGACCCUCCCAGCUGCUCGAUCUCUCCUGACUGCCUGUGCUCUGGGGUUCUGAGAGGGACCGCGCGGUGCCCGGGGAAGCAAUGCAAGUCUCCAUAGCCUGCACCGAGCAUAAUUUGAAGAGUCGGAAUGGUGAGGACAGACUUCUGAGCAAGCAGAGCUCCACCGCCCCCAAUGUGGUGAACGCAGCCCGGGCCAAAUUCCGCACGGUUGCUAUCAUCGCUCGCAGCUUGGGCACCUUCACCCCUCAGCAUCACAUCUCUCUCAAAGAGUCCACUGCAAAGCAGACUGGCAUGAAAUAUAGGAAUCUUGGAAAAUCAGGACUCAGAGUUUCUUGCUUGGGUCUUGGAACAUGGGUGACAUUUGGAGGUCAAAUUUCAGAUGAGGUUGCUGAGCGGCUGAUGACGAUCGCGUAUGAGAGCGGAGUGAAUCUCUUUGAUACAGCCGAGGUCUAUGCCGCUGGAAAGGCUGAAGUGAUUCUGGGGAGCAUCAUCAAGAAGAAAGGCUGGAG